CCGAGUUCUUCACAGAGACUUCCGCGUUUACCCAGCGUGUGUUUCUCACAACCCAAAAGACAAGUUCAAACUUUAUUAUCUUACAGGCUUUUUUGAACGUGCACAAUGGGCCGACGUAAAUCAAAGAGAAAGCCCCCUCCCAAAAAGAAGAUGACAGGGGACUUGGACACCCAGUUCACCUGUCCGUUCUGCAAUCACGAAAAGGCCUGUGAUGUUAAAAUGGAGAGAAGCCGAAACACAGGGAUAAUAUCAUGCACCGUCUGCUUGGAGGAAUUCCAGACUCCCAUUACAUACCUGUCAGAGCCUGUGGAUGUAUACAGUGACUGGAUAGAUGCCUGUGAGGCAGCCAACCAGUAGCCCUCUUUGGUGCUGGGGAACUUGUAGGAGAGGAUGGGGACAUGGGAGGUGGCUGAUGAAUCCAGGUUCAUCGGUAUCUUUUUGGAGAAGGAGUUGGGCCUAUAGCACAUGUUUUUGUCCUUUUUAAAGUCACUGUUACUUGCAGGUCACAUGAAGCUGAAGGCCACGGUCUGAGAGAGAAUAGUCCCACUCUUAAGAUAUUUGAUCUGCACAAGCCUUGGAUGGUUCUGUCCCUCCUGUGUAAGGGCUCCAGCCCAGAACCCUAGUCCUCAACCUGAAGUCUGAUUACUAUUGUUAGGUUUGAUCUGAACAAAUAUUCUUCAAAAGGUUUGAGGAUGAGUUUGAAAUGAAUCUCUGUAGAAGUUUUAUUUAUUUAUUUUUUUUGCUUCAAUAGCUUAAUGUUAUUUGAGUGCACAAUUCUAAUGUAAUAAAUCUAAUGUAUGUAAUAGGAACGUCACAAGUUCCCACAAUGUAAAGAGAGGCUAAAUGGAAAUACUGCAACCUACUAUGGUGGGGUACAAAAAAGUGGCAUGGCCUACACUACAGAAAGGGAGUAUUAAUUGUGUCAGAAAGAGGCAAAUCUUUCAAAACUUUAGACAUUCAGAGAAAAUUUAAAAAAAAACAAAGGAUGGACACAUGCAUGGAAUCUUUCAGGAGCUAUAUUUCAUAACUUAAACUGUCAAGGACAAUAAGUGGCCUCGUGUAAGAGUAAGUGCUCCACGCACACAAACAUUCUUUCAUACUACCUCUAUUAGCAGCAGCAUCAUUCAAUGAUGACAGGUCCCAGGUUUGCUUCACUGCCAGAUCUUUCACACUGGAUCCAACCCGGAUUUGAGGCCCAGAGUAAUACAGAUAAUGACAAGGCACGGUUAAUUAUGCCGGCAUCCCAACUGAAUGCAGUGCAGUCAAUUUGGAGAGCUGUCUCCUCUAAAUUGAUCAUCUGCAUGGCUCUGGAAGUGCUGCAAAUGGCAAACCUUUUUUUUUUUUAUCAGGAGUAAUUCCAGUGAGAAAGAAGAAGAAACAUAUUACUAUGCAUCUACAUUUUCCAACAUCAGUAGUAAAUAGCUGUCAAACUUGUUCAGAUUCGAAUAUAUCAAGUGGGAUGUGUGUAUUUUUAAGGGUAAUGCAGAACAUGCAAAUCAGGGUUUAAAUGGCAGAGAAUCUACCUUGCCUGUAUGCAUAGAGGGGUUCAACAAGCAACAGUUUGAAGUGCUAGUUUCCCUCCUGCACAACUAAAAUGUUUGCAUCACCUUCAUUCGAAUUGUAACUAGUUGAUAGGUGUGACCUUGCAGAGAUAAUGGAAGGGUGACACUUGAUGUGAGCCAUGAGCGAGUCAGUACGUCUGAAAUUUGGAAAAUUACUUCAGAUUGCUCGCCCUUUCUAUUGUGUGUGUGUGUGAUGAAAAUUAAAAUAAACUUAUUUAGACA